GCGGGCGCGGGGGCCGGGCCGGCGCGAGGGGCCGAGUUUCGGCAAAGUUUGACCCGGUUGCCUUUCCGAUGCCGCAGCAGAGCGGGGCGGCGCGGGACGCGCAGGGCAUCUGCGGCGCGGCGCGGGGCUGAGCGGCGACAGCGCGCUCACCAUGGUCAUAAAAUAAAGGAGGCACGCGGGUUCGGGGCGAGACAGCCCCGAGCCUCAGCCUCCGCCCUGGCCGCUCCCAGCACCCCGAGCCGGCUGCCCCCAGUAGAGACAGAGCGCAGGGACAUUGUCCGGGGAGGGUCGGGCGUCCGGAGGGCGCGGCCGGGAGCGCGGAGCGGCCGCGGGGCAGGAACAUCGGAGAUUUUUGUCCACUGCUAAGAGAAGAGAGAGAGGGAGCCCAGGGCUCUUGAGAUGCCGCGAAAUCCCUAUUUAUAAACAGGCCCGCGGUUGUGCCAGACAGCGCCCGGCCUCCCUGCGCUGUUCUCUACCCUAUGGAUAUCGGCCCUGAGCUGUGAGAUUGGAUCGCCGCGCCUCCACACUGGGUCUGCGUCGCUCGGCCUCUGCCCUUUCAAUGCCCGGUUUCUGCUGGGACUGCUGGCCUUCCCUGGAGAUCCGGGCGGUGCUGUGUACCAUGGGCUGCAUCCAGAGCAUUGGGGGCAAAGCCAGAGUCUUCCGAGAAGGGAUCACGGUCAUCGACGUGAAGGCCUCCAUCGACCCGGUCCCCACCAGCAUCGAUGAGUCCUCCAGCGUGGUGCUCCGAUAUCGCACGCCCCACUUCCGGGCCUCGGCCCAGGUGGUCAUGCCGCCCAUCCCCAAGAGGGAGACAUGGAUCGUGGGCUGGAUCCAGGCAUGCAGCCACAUGGAGUUCUACAACCAGUAUGGCGAGCAGGGCAUGUCCAGCUGGGAGCUCCCCGACCUGCAGGAGGGCAAGAUCGAGGCCAUCAGCGACUCGGAUGGGGUGAACUACCCCUGGUACGGCAACACCACGGAGACCUGCACCAUCGUGGGCCCCACCAAGAGGGACUCCAAGUUCAUCAUCAGCAUGAACGACAACUUCUACCCCAGUGUCACGUGGGCCGUGCCCGUGAGUGAGAGCAACGUGGCCAAGCUGACCAACAUCUACCGGGACCAGAGCUUCACCACGUGGCUGGUGGCCACCAACACGUCCACCAAUGACAUGAUCAUCCUGCAGACGCUGCACUGGCGCAUGCAGCUCAGCAUUGACGUGAGCCCCACUCGGCCCCUGGGCCAGCGGGCCCGGCUGCGGGAGCCGAUUGCACAGGACCAGCCCAAGAUCCUGAGCAAGAACGAGCCCAUCCCGCCCAGCGCCCUGGUCAAGCCCAACGCCAACGAUGCGCAGGUCCUCAUGUGGCGGCCCAAGUACGGGCCUCCGCUGGUGGUCAUCCCACCCAAGCACCGAUGACACCUGGGCCCCGGGCCGGUGCCAGGUUAGCCUCAGAAUAACAACUCGGCUCAGAACAGAACCAAACGCACUCUUGGGUCAUUCAGCAGAAUACAACCAUUCUACCUUCUUCUCCAGCGGGCGGCCUCACUGUGCUCCCCCAAUGCCACCCACUCUUGGCAACUGCUUCCUCUGGGGGACGGGCCAGACCCAAGGCGCCCCGAGCACUCCCCUGUGCCUCCCCUCCCCACCGCCUGUCUUUCACGUGCAGGUGGCUCCCGGAAACACUGGUCGUUCUUUUCAGUUCCUCUGGGUGUGGGGCUGAGGGCCGGGCUGACGGCAGGGAUGCCACGGCUCUGUGCCGUUGAUGUGUUGGUGGCUGUCCCCUCCCACCCGCCUUGUCCUCUGCCACGCGGCCUUAUGUAGACUUGCUUUGCCAAACUUUUGCCUUAAGCUGAAUUUAAAGAAAAGAGAAAGAUCACAGGAUCCUGUUCCCGCCAACCUCUCCAUCUUCCCCAGAGGUGGAGGGAGGGCUGGCGGAUGCGCGGUCAUAGCCCCUCUGCUGGUGUCUGGGAGAGGGGGCAGAGGGAGAUUAACCCUAAAACCAGCCGUUUGCUCUUUUGUGUUGGCAGAGAAAACCACAGGCAGAUUUUGCCUCGGAGCGUCCCCCCACCUGCUGAGGGGCCAGGAGCUGGGGACAGGACGCAUCUUGGGUGGCUUCUGUCUUUCCGCAGCCUUAACUGGCCUGCUGGCUAGAGGAGGAGUGGGGAGGGUCCUGGGAUGGUCAGUCUCACCCCUCUGUCCCCAGGCCCCACCCCAGCCCGUCCACCGUCCUCCUAGGUGGGCUUGUCCCUUUCCGUCCGCACCAGUCCCAGAGGCCUGGGGCCACCCGACCCCACUGCCAAGACAGCCCCAGCCUGGCCUCUGGUUCAGGAAGAGAUCCAUGUCCCUUGUUGCGCUAUAUCUGAAGACUUGAAUCUGGUGGGCCCCUCGCCCCGGCCGCCACCUCUAGGGCACUGCAGGGAGCCAAGACGGGGCGCCUGGCUCGUUCUCAGGGGAGGCCACCCCCAGGCUGUCUGGGGGAGGCUGCACACAGGCCCCGAGCCUGGGCGGGGUGGGGGAGGCCACCUGGCACCUGCCGGGAGAGCGAGUUAUGGGCCCUGUUGCCUCCCCUCAGGCAGGAAAAGUGGCGGGAGGCCGGGAGGGUGGAGCAGCACUGAGCCCUGGGGGUGCUGGGCCAGCCUGGCCCGUGGGUGGCCAGUCCCGGGGUCUACCCUCUGGGACCCUAGGACUCGGUCUGAGCAAAGCCAGGGUUCCUUAGUGCCAGCUCCCCGGAACUUCGGGGACACUCGCUGAAGCCACACUCCUUCAGGCUUGCCACGGCCCUGGCCACGUCAGGGCCACACUAGACUAACGACCAAGCACAGAAACUGUCAGGCCAGAAAAUAAUCCGUUUCCGCUGCAGAUGAGCCACUUAUAGGGUCUCCACGACAAGGAGAGUGGGGCACCUGACCCUUGCUGUUCCUGACACAGGGUCCUGGGGUCCUGAGUGCUUCGGCCUGGCCAGCGCAGGUACCCCCAAGGGCUCUGGGCCGAGCCACGGUGGCCGUGGGUACCUGGGAGCCCAUGCCCUGAGCCUGGAGGGGCCGUGGCCUUGCAGGUGGGAGUGGGGGGCCCUGCACCCCUGCACUUGGCCCCCCGGCAGAGGGGCCCCCUCUACACUCAGGUCUUUUCUUGCAUUAAUGAGGAGAUGGGCACUGGGGAGGUGUCAGGAAGCGAGGUUUUCAUCCUGGGCUGGGUCACCACUGAGGGGUCUUCCUAAAAGUGGGGCCAGGUCCUCAAACCCACGUUUCUUUUUCAUCUACUACUUGCUAUGUAGCCCAGGCUGGCCUUGAACUCACAGUGAUCCUCCUGCCUCAGCCUCCUGAGUGCUGGGAUCACAGGGGUGCUCCACCACACCCAGUUCCAGACCGAAUUUCUUGGUGGUGAAUAAACACUUCAAAGUGAAGAAUCCUCCCCUGCAUGACCUGCCUCCCUCUAGCUCCCUUCACCUCAGCCCUCUUUUCUCCAUCCGCUGCCUCGCUAAAGGUGGGAUGAGGGAGACCCCAGGGAAGCUGCAGGUUGGGCUGGGAUGCCAGCUUGGGCCGAUCGCUUGGCCUCCUUCCUCUGGGAGCCCGGGGCUUCCUGCCCGGAGCCCCGGUCCUGCUGCUGCCCUACCCCCCACCCCCACCCCCGCCCGGCGCAGGGUGGACACUCAUGCCUUCCAGCAAUAAGAACCGUCCUCAGCUGCAGAGAUUACUGUGAAACUGAACCAGUGCACUUACCAGAGGUGCAAGACUCUUGAAGACAAUGUACAGUGAACCUUUUUUAAGAUUUCAAAUGAAAACACAGCAAAUAAAAUUAAUUUUAAAGUACGCUGGCUGGGGUCUGGUGUUUGGCGAUUCAUGGUGCAGUGGCUGGGGGUGCUGGGUUCGGGGGAGAGGGUAUGGGGCUGGUGUUGGGGUGCUAAGGGCCUGAAGCUGGGGGCAGCCAGGAUGCUGCCCCGCCUGCCCUCUGUGCAGCCCUGUCUCCACCGGAGCCGGCUCUGAGACCAGAAGUGGCCCUGGCUGUGACUGUGGGCCCUGGUAUCUGGCUCUUGGGGAGAGCCUGGCUGUUUUUUUGGUUUUGUUUUUGGAGACACGGUCUCCCCAUGUAGUCCAGGCUGAUCUCAAACUACAGCGAUCCUCCCGCCUCAGCCUCCUGAGGGCUGGGAUGACUGUUGUGUGGCACCGCAUCUGACUCAUGCAUGGGUUCUUUUUUUUUUUUUGGUAUCAGGGAUCAAACUCCGGUCCUUGCACUUUCGAGGCAGGCGGCGGAACCACUGAGCUAAAUCCUUGGCCCCAUGGGUGGGGUUUUGACAAAUACGUCAAGGGUGACUGUUUAGGUAGGGCCUUAAUUCAGGUCACCCCUGCAACCUGUCUCAUGGGAUGACACCCAGGACCACCUCGGGCAUGGGCUCUGCUGCCGAGCUUGGCCAGGAGCAGACGAAGGGCCUAGUGGGCUGCUGGCUUCUUCUGAUCAGAACCUCAUUGUGGGCCUGGCCUGGGCCACUUGAAGGAACUUGGCAGAAACAGCAGACCUCAUGUGCACAGGGCCCUGGCUUGCACAGUCCCCUGCUCUGCACGGAUUCUGGAAGGGAGCUCACCCCACGAACAUGGCAGCCCUGUGAGGGAGGUGCUGUCCCUGAGUGACAGAGAAAACGGAGUAGGGCUCAAGACGCUGCCCUGGACACAGCUAAAUAGAGGUAGAACCAGGAUUCGAUCCCUCACCCCAGAGCCAGGCUUUUACCACUGUGCUCAGCCUC